ACAGUGGUCCUCCUGAAGCUACUCCCAUCAAUUGCAAGAACACCCACGAGAACUCUACCAGAUCCUUCACCCAUGGCUCACGAGGUAGAACAAGAAGCUGACAGUCCCUCACGUGAGAUCCAGAACGCCUUGAUACUGGUGUUGCCUGGGGAGUUGACCAAGUCGACUGAAACUGGGGGGUCUAAUAACACUGAAGAUGAUAUUAUGAGAACUCUACUGCGUGGGUUUGCGAUGCAGCUGGAGGAUGAUCACAAGGUAAGCAUUGACUGGCAUUUAAAUUCCAGCAGGAGGAUCACAUGUUUAGGAGGUGACAAAUAUGACUCAGAUGCUCUCUUUUAA